CUGUGUAUAGUUGUUGGUAGGUUUCAGUGCGCGUGCUAGCGCGUUUUGACGUUUCUAGUUUUCGAUAAUGCAUUCUCGCUUAAACAUAAAUCAUGUAUUCUAAUUAUAUAGUCCACGCGAAUAGUUUCCGUUCCGUCGCACGUUGCACUAUAUGCGUUACUAUUCUGUUUUCUGUGUUGCUUUCUCGUUUCGCUUCCUAUUUGUUUACGGUGGGUUGUUUAUUUACGUGUCCCGUUGCUGUGGUAAUCGGUUAAAGAUCCAUAGCAACGAGCUUACAUAUAAACGCGCGGCGCGCUGCUUAUUAACACAACAAUAACCAAACAUAUUGGGUUCAUUGGCAUUGUUGGGCAUUGACUGUCUGCUUUUGUCCGUACGGUACUUCUUUCUCUUCUUCUAGGCUGGUCCUAUUGAAUGAGUUCACUGAGCUGGUCUCAUAACCAUUCAUUCUUCACAUAAAUUAACCUUCCCUCUCGAGCUGGUCUCUCAUUAUUUUCCUCUAAUUAGCAUUCGUGUGUAACUCAUCACGACUCGCAUAUAGAUUACGAUUUUUGACACACAUUAUUUAUCCCUAAUACCUAUCACCAACAACACUUGUGCUGGUCACAAUUUGUUUUCUUUCAGAGCUUUUAUCUCAAUUAACCGAAAUUCUAUAACUUAACACAAUGGACAAGAAGUACUUAUUUUCUUCAAGUGCAGAGGAGUGUUCCACUCCUCCUCGGAAACGCAGUUAUGCCUUUAUUAGCAGCCCUGCUACUCCCCUCAGACAACAGGUUCUUGCUGGUCAUGUCUCUCGCUCAGCGUUGAAGAACUCGCCCAAGGCCUCUGUUGUAAUCAACUCCCCUAAGAUUGAAGUGGUCAAAAGGGAUUGGAAUGUGCCAACUACCGGCUCUCCCAAACCCAAAAGAAGACCAGUGAUCGGUUCUGAUCGGUUUAUUCCCGUUCGUCCGAAUAUCGACAAUGCUCAUAUUAACAACACAAACAACAAUUCGCAAUCUAACGAUACCAACGACCCUGAUUUAUCUGCCCAAUAUAACGAAACGAUUGCAGAAGCUUGUGGUUUAGACCUCAACACAAGGAUUUUGGCAUUUAAGCCUGCUCCCCCAGAAUCGAGAAAACCUGUGGACCUUCGCGCCCAAUACAAUCGUCCCGCGAAACCUGUGGCCUCGCAGGUUCGACGGAUCAUGACCACUCCGGAGCGUGUCCUUGAUGCGCCUGGAAUUGUGGAUGACUACUACUUGAACUUGCUCGACUGGUCUUCAGUCAAUAAUGUCGCGAUUGCUUUGGAGAGCAAUGUGUAUAUGUGGAAUGCCGACACCGGAGACGUUGCCGCAUUGGCUUCGGUUGACGAAAGCACGUAUGUGGCCGGCGUGAAGUGGUCGCAGGAUGGUGCAUUCUUGGGUGUGGGCUUAGGAAAUGGACUCGUGGAGAUUUACGAUGCAGAAACUUGCACAAAGUUGCGUACUAUGGCAGGACAUCAAGCCCGUGUUGGUGUCAUGUCGUGGGACCAACACAUUUUAUCCAGUGGAAGUCGUUCGGGUGCAAUUCAUCAUCAUGAUGUUCGUAUUGCUCAGCACAAGGUUGGCGAGCUACUGGGACACAAUAGCGAAGUUUGUGGUCUCUCGUGGCGCUCGGACGGUCUCCAACUGGCUUCUGGCGGAAAUGAUAAUGUUGUCCAGAUUUGGGAUGCCCGCUCUUCUGUACCGAGAUUUACGAAAACAAAUCACAGUGCUGCUGUGAAGGCCUUAAGUUGGUGUCCUUGGCAAAGCAAUCUUCUUGCCACGGGUGGAGGCACGAUGGAUAAGAAGAUACACUUUUGGAAUUCUACAACGGGAGCUCGUGUCAAUACAAUCGAUGCUGGCAGCCAAGUAACUUCACUUUGGUGGAGCAUGCAUACCAAAGAGAUUAUUUCUACACAUGGCUUUCCCGAUAACAACCUCUCCAUCUGGUCUUACAGUAGCAUGGGUCUCGUGAAGCAGGUCGAUAUCCCUGCUCAUGACACUCGAGUCUUGUACUCGUCCAUGUCUCCGGAUGGAUGUGUUUUGGCCACUGCCGCCUCUGACGAAAACCUUAAAUUUUGGAAGGUUUAUGAUAAUGAGCUUAAGAAAAAGUCGGUUGUUGGAAAAACGUCCGCGAGCAAUAUGAUGAUUCGUUGAGUUGAGUGCCCCUUAAACAGGUUUAUUGCUCAAUGGGUACACUGAGUCAUUAAUGCCUUCUCGUGUGCCUGGACUUCCUCGUUUCCAUUGUAUUGCGUAUUUUUCCUUCAGCUUUGCGUUUGGCGCAAACUCGUUCGCUCUUUUGUAUCCCUUAGACCUUACUGAUGUUUCUUUAUUUUAUUCCUUGGCAUACGGUUUUCGUUCGUUUCUUAACCUCCUUUCGUUUUCCACCCACAGUGUGUUCCUGACAGGUGUUGUGCGUUUGGCAGAUUCGAUGAUUGCCUUUCAGCAUACAUUGUUAGUUUCGCAUUCUUCUAUCCUCUUAAUUUUCGGUGUUUUCUCUCUGGUUCCUUCUAACACUACUUCUGUAUAUUAAACUCCACAUGUUAAACGUUUGAACUGCACAGUCUU